CUACAAAUGGUGAAAAAUGUCCUCAAUUUCCUCCAUGUGUCAUUAUCCGCACUCCUAUUGCAUCCGCUUUGUCCCUUGUCAACAUGUCAGAACCUAAAUCUUCAGAGAAAGUUGCCAGGGAUGCUGAACCCGGAGGCAAUCCUCCACCUUCCAGCAGUGCCAAUUUGGAGCAAAACACCCCUUCGCCGGCGGCACCGGUGGCAGAAACCACCGAUGGCCUCCUCCCGGGCCAACACUGGACCCAACUGGCCGAGCCUGAGACAGAUGAUGACGACCAAGACUCAACUCUAGGCGACAAUGCCAACUCUACCGCAUCGAUUUCCUCAUCUAUACUGCAGUAUAGAACGAUCAAUGGACGAAGAUUUCACAGCGAGCAAGGAAAUGCCCAGUACUGGGUCACCAACGAUGAUCAGUCGAACGAGGCGUUGGAUAUCAACCACCAUGUCAUCACUCUGUUGUUUGGUGGUAAACUUCACAUGGCCCCAUUGAAUAAGGAUAAUAUACAUAAAGCCGUCGACAUUGGAACAGGAACAGGCAUCUGGGCAAUGGACUUUGCAGAUGAAUACCCUAAUGCAAAAGUAGUUGGCACCGACAUCUCGCCCAUUCAGCCAAGUUGGGUUCCGGCCAACCUCGAAUUUCAAAUCGAUGAUUGUACCCAGGAAUGGACAUUCGAAGAGGAGUCACUCAACUAUGUUCACAUUCGUUUCUUAGUCGGAAGCGUCGUUGACUGGCCGGCCCUCUUUAAACAAGCUUACAGAUGCCUGAAACCCGGUGGGUACAUCGAGAGCUACGAAGGUUCGCCGAACAUUGGCAGCGACGAUGGUACUGUAACCAAGACUAGUGCCAUGGGCCAAUGGGGAGAGAUCUUUGUCGAAGGAGGGCGCAAGCUUGGGCGGUCUUUCUCACUCCUGGAGGAUGAGGAACAGAGAAAAGGAAUCGAAGCUGCAGGAUUUGUGGACAUUGAGGAGUCAAAUUUCAAGGUUCCUAUCGGCACAUGGUCCAAGGACCCUGUCCUAAAAGAAGCAGGCCAAUACUUCCAAGCCGCCAUUCUACAGGACAUCGAAGGUACUUUGCUAUUCAUUGCACACCUGUUGGGCUGGUCGAAGGAAGAAAUCGGCGUCUUUGGCGCUCACUACCGGCGCGAAAUCCGAUCCAAGUCAAUCCACGCCUACUUCAAGCAAAAGGUCGUCUGGGCCCGAAAGCCCCUUGUGUGAUGGGAUUUAAAGGACGAGAAUAUACAGACUGUAGCUUUUCCGAUUAGAUUGAGAUCUUUAUUCUUAAGACCUUACUUUUCCAGUGAGAUUUAUUAGGUUAUUUAUUUAUUAAGAUAUACUAUUAUAUUUAUAUUUAGGCCUACG